AUGUCUUCUGAGAAGUUAAGAGAGAACCCUCAACCUCAAAAGGUGGCCCCUCCAGAUGGAUCCCAAGACAAGGAGACUUCUGACUUCCUGCCAGUGACAGACAGUCUUAGCCAGAACAGCGAAAUCAAUCAAAGGACUCAGCAGUUUAAUGAGAUGCACCUGGCUGACCUACAGAAGUUGUUUGAGAAGGAAACAGAUGAGACUGGAGCCCUGAACAAGGAAGGUUUCAUCAAGAUCAUGAAGAAGAUGCUAAGCACCAUGCCUGAGGAGAUGCUGGAGGUGCUGUUCCUGAAGGUGGACUCAGACUGCAAUGGCUUCGUCACCUGGCAAAAGUAUGUGGAUUAUAUGAUGCGUGAGUUCCAGGGCAAGGAGGAGAUGAGGAAGAGCCAGUACCGCCUGCGCUUCCACCUUCCCAUGACCGUCAUCCCCCUGCACCAUGGGAGCGAGGUUGUGAAAGUGGCAUUUAUAGUCCAACGGUUCAAGAAGAUGGGGUAUUUCAUGACUGUCACCAAAGACGGGAUCUUGCAGUUCUGGUCCGAGACUUUCUCAAUAAUGAACUCCUUUAGGCUCUCCCAGAUCCAGCAGUCCUUCCACCAGAAGAUUUGGGUUGUCGACAUGGUAUAUAUACACAACAUGAACCUCAUUGCAGUUGCCUCCACUGAGCUGAAGAUAGAGUUCUUUGAUAUCAGUAACCACAAAUGUGUUCAGGCCUUCACCUUUAUUGACCUGGAUAGCUGUGUCAUGGUCAUGGAUUAUUGGUCCGACUAUCACAAAGGUGUGUUCUGCUAUGGGGACACCAAGGGCAACGUCGUCAUCUUCAUGUCUGACAAUGUGGCUGGUGGGCUGUUCAACCCACACAUCCUUCCCUGGACCUCCAAAUGGGAUAACCAGAUCAAUAUUUCCUUGCGGAAACUCCUAAAUGAGAAGUCCCCUCUGUAUAGGAGCUUCCGAAUGAAGAGUCUCCACCCUAACUGGUGUCAGCAGGUCAGAUUCAUCCCCCAGCUGAAUGUGGUGGUCUCGUGUUCAGCCACUGAGAGGUCCUCUCUGGUGCUGACAAUCCUGCCAGCCAAAGACCCUGAGAAACCCAGGUUAUCAACAUUGAAUUUAAAAAAAGGAAUUCUCUGCUUUGAUUACUGUCCAGACAGGAACUUCCUGGCAACUGGUGGCUAUGACCCCCACAUCCGCCUGUGGAACCCGCUGGUCUCAAAAAAGCCUGUGUGGCUGAUGAAGGGACAUCAGACAGCAGUGACUCACCUCCUCGUGAACAGCAAGAAUGCCAGCAUCCUGAUCAGCAUCUCCAGGGACAAGAACAUUCGCGUGUGGGACCUGCAGGACUAUGUCUGCCUCCAGUCCUUCUGCGGGAAGCUCUUCAGCCUGGGCAACUGCCCCAUCACCAGUGCCUACUUCCACAGAGACAGGAGUCUCAUCUGUACCACCUACAACGUGAGUGCUGUCCGAGGGACAGUAGAAAGUACAAGACCAUAUGAAAGUGUUGGAUUCUAAGGGUUCAUGACCACAGGGAAGUCUCCACUGAUGAGUUGGGGCACCUGUGUGCUCCACUUACAGGUGGUGAGUGGCUGCCUACAGGGCACAGUGAGUGUGUGGGACAUCACCACGGGUAAGAAGAGGAUGGAGUUCCUUGUGUCUACUGCCCAGCACAGUGAGCUGACUGCCAUGGCCCUGGAUGAGUCGGAGCGGUGUCUGCUCACGGGCUUGCGUGAUGGCAUAAUGCAGAUGUGGAAUUACAACACUGGGGAGUGCCUAUUGACCUUCCCCAGCGACGACGAAGUGGAGAUUAGUGGAAUUGUCCACAUGAACAAAGCAUUCUACGUGACAGGGUGGAGUAAGAGAAUCACCAAUUUCACGUUCCAGAAGACCGAGCUGAUACUCUCCUGCUACCACUGGCAGACCUACCACACGGAGGAUGUCCUGAGCAUGGCCAAGUAUCAGAACCAGUUCCUUGGGACCGCUGCCUACAAUGGGGACAUCCUCUUCUGGAAUGUCAGCAUGUUGAAGCCCAUCUUGAGUUUCAAUGCCUCCGAGAGCCCCUUGCCUUUACCGCCGAAGAAGGUAAAGGAUGCAGAGGAGUGCAUGGACGACACCCAAAUCUCCCCAGUCAGUAAGGAGCAAAAGUGGGCACACAAGCCUCUCACAAAGUUCACUGGCUUUACUGCGAGGCGGAGAUUGAUGUCAGCUCCUCCAGUGAUGAAACGGAGAGACACGGACCAAGAGAAACGUCAGAGAGACAUGGACCAAGAGAAGAAUAUGUCUCAGCAGAAGUCCAAGCUGUCUAACAUGCUCCGCAAUAAACCAUCGGUUCACAAACCUCUUCACAGCGACUCUGAAAAGGAAAAGGAGGAGUUCUGGAAGAAGAGACUGCUGCAUCAGAACGUGUCAGUGGAGAAGAUCAUUUUUCUGCAGACCAGACCUCGUCUGCAACACACAGCUGCCAUGCUGAGCAGCUGCAUUGAUGGCUUCAUCUACGCCUGGUCCAUCCACGGGAAUGGAGGUCUUCUGGGGAAGUUCCCUGUGGACAUUGAAGCGAAUGGGGAUAUUGUUGUGGGUGCCAUGGCCACCGAUGAAAACGACUGGAUCCUCAUCACAGGGGACAGUGUAGGAAUGAUCAAGAUCUGGGACAUCAAGGAGUACUGCUUAUUUGUUGGCCAGAGACCACUCCAACCCAGCGGGGUCAAGAUCUCCACUGAAGCGGAGAAUAAGUUCCGAUUCUUAAUUCCUAAACAACUCCAGGCCCGCUCCCUGCACUACAUCCCAGAGAAAGAGAAGGAGGUUGUGGAUGGCCAGACCAUUUCUCUGGUUCCCCCACCCCUUCUGAUUACCUGGAGUAGCCACCUGGAGAGCGUGACCGAUAUCCUGUACGUGGACAUCUUCCAGCUGGUUGUCAGUGCUGGCUUGGACGGGGACGUCAAGGUCUGGAAACUCUCUGGUGAUGCCAUAGGAACGUUUGGCCUGAACAUUUGGAAGAGGCUGCAGGGGGCCACGAUGGUCGAUGGUCAGGAGCAGGCAGCAACUUCAGAGGAAAAGCCCGACUUUGCUGGCACCACCCUCAAGAAAUCCUUCUUGGAGCUGCACAAGGAACUGGCCCAAGCCCUGGUGUACCAGCGGCGUGAGCAGGCGGCACUGAUGGCCUUCCUGCAUGGGAAAGCAGAGAAGGAAGCUGAGGCCCGGGCCCGGCUGCACCAGAUGUCCAGCAUAGCCCCAUGGACCAAAGAGCAUUCUUUGGAAGACAUCGAGGAGAGCUGGAAUCAAUGGGCUAAGGACAAGCAGGCGAGCAAAAUCGUGGGAGCAGCUUACAAGCACAAGGAGCGUGUUUGGAGCCCCAAACUCCUGGCCACCAGAGUGCAGUAUAGCUGGAUGAGGCAGCAGAUUUCCCCUCAGAUCUACCAAAGCCUGUGUUUCACUGACCUUAAGCCAAUCCAACAACCUGACUUCCUGAUGCAUAAGGUGCUGGACCAGCAGGGCCGGCACAUCCGCUGGGUGGCUAGCGAUAUCCGGAGCGAGCUGGAUUUUAUCCGGGGCCAGAUCUUCAUGGAAUUGGCAGCCAGCAGCACACCUGCUGCGACCCCUUCCUCCCUCUCCAUGCUUUCCCUGGGAGCUUCAGCUUCCAGGGUUCUGGACUCCAACUUGUCUACCUCCGUGAGACACCGUUCCUCAGUCUCCUUGCUGAGGCCCUGGUCAGCCUCUCCAGGACAGUCUAGCUCGUCCACAUCACCCCAGACCUUGAGUCUGUUCCGUAAAGGCCAGAAACUGCCAUGCCAGGGUCUCCCUGCCUCGUGCAGCAUCCGAAGCCCGGGGGAGCCACCCUCAUGUUUUCUGUGA